CACCGCCCGCUUCUGCCAUUCAAUGGAGGACGGUCUGCUGGAGAUCAUGACCAAGGACGGCGGCGACAUGCCAGCGCCUCUGGAGGUGUCCACUGUGCCGGCCGUGGGGGACGUGAUCUCCGGGGAGUACAACGGCGGCAUGAAGGAACUGAUGGAGCACCUGAAGGCCCAGCUGCAGGCCCUGUUUGAGGACGUGAGGGCCAUGCGGGGUGCCCUGGACGAGCAGGCCUCGCACAUCCAGGUGCUCUCGGACGACGUGUGCGCCAACCAGCGGGCCAUCGUCUCCAUGUGUCAGAUUAUGACCACGGCGCCCCGCCAGGGCAGCCUGGGCGUGGUCGGCGGCAAGGGGAACUUCCCGGGAGCCCCCGAAGAGCCGGAGACCCCUUCUCCUGGAAUCGGGGACAACGACUUGCUGGAUCGCGAUCCCGUGGACGAGGAGGACGACGACGAAGAAGAGAAAGAGAUGCCCAGCCCCGCCACACCCACCAGCCACUGUGAGCGCCCCGAGAACCCCUGUGGUGGUCUCCUUGCCGGGGACGCGUCACUUGUGGAGCCCCUCGACCUGCCCGACAUUACCCUGCUGCAGUUGGAGGGCGAGGCCUCCCUGUGAGGGGACUUCGCCAGGGCACUACCUUCCCGGGCUGGCUUUGGGUUUCCAAGUGCAUGACGCGAGGGGACUGAACCGCGCGGUGCGGCAUGCUUCGCUCCGACCGCUGCUCUUGCUGGUGGAGCAGAGAGACUCCCUGGAGGGAGGAAGAAUUUGUAGGUGAAGGAAUUUGGGAGCAUCACGAAUUCUUUCUGCUCAACCAAGAGAGUCAUUGCAAACUGCGGAAAGGUGAGGUUCCGGGAGAGGACGCGCCCGACUCUGGACUCCCAUCCACCCUUACCCUGUCCUUUCCCCUCUCCAGACAACAGGAGAACUCCUGAAUUGUGUAAAUAAAAUUCUGCUUUUUCUAUUCUGAAAAAGGACUUAUCUAGGACCAUGGCAAAUAAUCUCUAACGAUUUACCUAGAAAUUAAAGAAUUGGGGGUAUUCUGUUCUGGCAACAGGAAAUUUACCCUUCUGCUGAAAUCCAAGCUAUUCAGUGUUCUGCAGGAGCGUCUCCCCCUCACAGAUCUCUGCGACUGCUGAUUGGUAAAGGAAGCUUGAGGAGGGAACUGCAGCCCUAGGAAUCUGGGUGAAUGGGGUUCCAAGGGCCCCGGCUGGGAGGAGCUGGCUGUGAAUGUGCAUGAAGAUGUAAUAGCUCAACCUCUAGGAUUUUGCAUGCAGAGCUGAUCCUGCCUUGUCACUGACUUCAUCUGGGAUUGCUUUUCCACUCACUGGGGUUCAGAGAACAAAGCCCAGUUCACAGGCAGAGACUCGGGUGUGCUCAGCCACAGCCCAGAUUUAGGGGACAUUUGAGGGACUAUUGGGGGCCGCAGCCAAAAACUCUCUCCUGGCUACACCUGCUUAACUUCAGUUCUUUUUCUGUCAAUGUGUCCCUGCCCGCUGCCUCUUGGUGUUGCCUCCAUAAUGUCUCAUGUGUGUUUUGUGUGUCCACUGGCGUAGUAGCGUGUGAGCCCUGAGGGGCAGGGCUUGUGGCUCUGGUGUUAGGUUCAGGGGCUGCAGACCCUUCUGUGAGCCCCAGGCUAUCAUGGCGCUUUCCUCUCUCCUCCCCCACCCCCCAACCAGGGCAUGAAGCAUGUGCUGUCCUGGGGUUCCUAAACUGAUGUGCCUCCCUCCCACCCCAAGUGAUGACUUUGUGUGCCCCUCCCCUUCCUUUGUGUACUCCCUCUCAAUGCUUUCCUUGGUGUUAACCUGAAUAAAAGGCGUCA